UGGGCUCUGAGCUGCAGGCUCUUAACAGUUGGACACACCUGGCUGGUGCCUCAGAUUGAACAUGGCUAAAACUGACACAAACAGUAGUGAUCCUUGGUGGUGGUGGGAUGAUGAAGAGCUUUAUAAUUUCACUGGCCUGCCACCUAUAGAGGAAGACUACAGCCCCUGUAGGCCAGAUACUGAGACACUCAACAAGUAUGCAGUGGUCACCAUCUAUGCCCUCGUGUUCCUCCUGAGCCUGCUGGGAAACUCCCUGGUGAUGCUGGUCAUCCUGUACAGCCGUGUCAGCCGCUCUGUCACUGACAUCUACCUGCUGAACCUGGCCGUGGCUGACCUGCUCUUUGCCCUGUCCUUGCCCGUGUGGGCCGCCUCCAAGGUGAAUGGCUGGAUUUUUGGUACACGCCUGUGCAAGCUGGUGUCCCUCCUGAAGGAAGUCAACUUCUACAGCGGUAUUCUCCUGCUGGCCUGCAUCAGUGUGGACCGCUACCUGGCCAUUGUCCAUGCCACGCGCACGCUCACCCAGAAGCGCUACUUGGUCAAGUUUAUAUGUCUGAGCGCCUGGGGACUGUCUCUAACCCUGUCCCUGCCCUUCUUCCUCUUCCGUCAGGCCUAUAAACCAAAUAAUUCCAUCCCAGUGUGCUAUGAAAUCCUAGGAAAUAACACAGCCAAGUGGCGGAUGGUGCUGCGGAUCCUGCCCCACACCUUUGGCUUUGUCCUGCCGCUGCUGGUCAUGCUGUUCUGCUAUGGACUCACUCUCCACACGCUGGUUAAGGCCCACAUGGGGCAGAGGCACCGGGCCAUGCGGGUCAUCUUUGCUGUCGUCCUCAUCUUCCUGCUCUGCUGGCUGCCCUACCACCUGGUCCUGCUCACAGACACCCUCAUGAGGACCCAGAUGAUCAAGGAGACCUGUGAGCGCCGCAGUGACGUUGACCGGGCCCUGGAAGUCACCCAGAUUCUGGGAUUUCUCCACAGCUGCCUCAACCCCAUCAUCUACGCCUUCAUUGGCCAAAAUUUUCGCCAUGGAUUCUUUAAGAUUCUGGCCACCCAUGGCCUGGUCAGCAAGGAGUUCAUGGCACGUCAUCACGUUACGUCUUAUACUUCUUCCUCUAUCAGUGUGUCUCCUACCCUCUGAAAACCAUCCUUGGAAGAAUAUAUCUCCUCAUAAGGAAAGAAUAACCAUCACUCCAGGGUUGUGAGUCGAGAGAGGUCUGGCUCUGGACAGAUACUCUUUGGUUUUGGGAGAGAGGUUGUAGAGUGCCAGGAAGGUAGGGACUGGUGUCUUUGGGGGCCAAGCCAGCUUUCUGAAGGAACUGCUGAGGUACCACCAAGGACAGGCCUCCACAACUCCGUGGAAGGAAGUGUUAUCAUUUCUUUUGAACUCUUUAUCUUUAGCCCACUCACUGCAUAAUUACUGGGGUCACAAGCACAGCCUGAACUUGACAUUAGAUCAAAGAACAGGGGCAGAAACUAUUUUCUAAUGUGGACUGGACUCUCUUGCUGACCCUCUCAAGAACAUAAUCUCAGCCACUGAUGACACCCCGACCAAGCUGUCUGGUAUCUCUGUGUCCUCUGAUCUGAGCUCUUGGGACUAUUUUCUUAUCUUAAGUAUAUUGUAGAGUCUGCUGGGGGACAUUGGGACAGGUGAUACCACUAGGUGGCUUUGUGAUGGAGCUGGAAACACUCUCAGCCUGGGUGUGGUGGGUGAGCAGAAAGGAAGAGGGGUGGGAAGGCAGACCCACUGCGUGAGGACUUCCUCCGCUCCUAUGCCCAACAGCGCGGACAGCGUGUAAUGGGCAUGCACCAAGCCACGUGUGGAGCUGGAUUAGCAGCUGUUAGUCCUGCCCUCCUGGAGCCUUCACGCUAACAGGGAACACCAGCAACCCAGAAAGCCAUACAUUGUCACCAGUCAGACGUUUCUAAUAACGUCUCUGUUCCAGAUUGUCCUUGGGGAAGUAUCUUAGGUGUGACAUAGAGUCAAAUGUGUGUGUGGCAUUGUUGGCUGUGCCUUCAGUAGACUGGGAAUAGAACCCCUAAAAGGCGUCUCUCUGGGUUGAAGGGUGAUGUUCUCUGGGCUUCAAAUCCUGUUAGAACAAUUUCUUGAGGGACAGGAACUCCUAAUCAUUCUGAUCUUGCAGGCCAAGGACAUCCCCCCUGUCUAUAGGUAAAAAAGAACUGUUACCCCAGAGAAUCUCAGCCUCACCUUAACUUGACCUUCUUUUUCUGGGUUAGAUCUCGCCUGGCUUCCUCGGAGUAGAGUAGCUCACCUUCCCCCUGUCUGCUUGCUUAGUGAUUGUCUGUCCCCUUUCAAGGCAGGAAUGCUGUUUGUCUUGUUCAUUCUAUAUCCCCAUAUGUGUCACACUGCCUGAAGCCUAUUAAAUGCUCAGUAAAUACUUAUUGUAUGAAUGAAUGACUGCCGAGAGGACCGCUGCUCAUUCAUACACCAUCUGCUCAUAGCUCUUCUCGUCUGUACCCCUGUCAACCCCAUGCUGUCCUCAGCCACACAUCAAGUUUGCCUCUGUGCUUUAUCUCAUUAGAUCUUUUUCUGUGUAGCGAUGUCCCAAGUGAGUACUGGAGACAUCAGGGCUCUUUUGAUGGCAAAUAAUAGAAACCAAACUCAAACCAGCUUAAGCAAAACUUAGAAUGUAUGUUUUUACAAUCAUAAAAGUGUCUUUACUUGACUUUACUCAACAAAUGCAAUCAGUGUAGCCUAAUUCUUUGUAUCCUCAAUGAAUACCAAACAGUAAAAAAGAAAAUAGUGUGUGUUUUCAGGUGGGAUAGGGAAGGAACACGGAAGGCUUGAAGUUGGGAGUGGGGUAAGGCUCAGAGAUGGGAUUUCUUUUUAAUUUUUAAAUUUUCAUGGGUAUGGAAUGGCUAUACAUA